AUGUCUAACCUGAAAGUGCUUGUGGUGGGCGCGUCCAUCGCAGGGCCAACAGCAGCCUACUGGCUGGCUAAAGCCGGCGCCAAAGUCACUGUCGUCGAACGCUUCCCAGAGCUGCGAAUUGGUGGACAGAAUGUCGACAUCCGCUCCGCCGGUGUAUCAGUGAUGAGGAAGAUGCCAGGGAUGGAAGCAGCCGUAAGGGCUAAGACGACUGGUAUAGAGGGCAUCAGUUUCGUCAACGGGGACGGCCGGCCAUUUGCGACCAUGAAAGCUACCGGCGACCCGAACCAGCAGUCGCUAGUAUCCGAGUACGAGAUCUUUCGCGGCGAUUUGGCACAGAUCUUGUUCGACAUGACCAAGGAUAACGAGAGGAUCAACUACGUCUUUGGCGAGCAGAUCUCUUCCAUGCAGCAAGCCGAGGAGGCUGAGCUCAUCACAGUCGAGUUCGCAAACGGUCAUCCAACAAUGCAAUACGACCUCGUCGUGGCCUGCGACGGCGCCACUUCACGAACUCGGGCCAUGGGACUCAGCUGCGGUGUUCGAGACCAUAUAAGGUCGCUGAAUUGCUGGACUGCAUAUUUCUCUUUGGAAAAGGAUCUCCUUGAUGGUAGCAAGAUAGGACAGGCGUGGACUACCACAGGGGGUCGGUUCCUUGCGGUUGGCCCAGAUCCCACUGGCAUAAGUCGGGUUGUUACACAAUUUAUCCAUCCGGGAAGUCGGGAUGCGACGCUGCCCUUCAGAGAGGCAUCGAAGCAAGGGACUAAUGCUUUAAAGACCUACGUCGCUAAGCAGUUCUCCGGGGCCGGCUGGAAGACAGACGAUAUACUUCAAGGAAUGAUGCAAUCGACUGACUUCUACGCGUCGGAAAUGGUACAAGUCAAGGUGCCGAGUCUCCACAAGGGGCGUUUCGUCCUGGUCGGUGACGCUGGUUAUGCAGCUGGUCCUACUGGCACUGGGACAAGUCUCGCUAUGGCAGGCGCUUACGUGUUGGCAGGUGAGAUCAGCAGGUAUAGGGGCGACCUUGCAGCUGGCCUCCGCGGAUACGAAGAGCGUAUGAGCCCUAUAAUUGAGGAGCUUCAAAAGAUCCCACCUGGUGUCCCUUGGAUACUUGCUCCACAGACGGCUUGGGGUAUUUGGCUACGAAAUACAGUUCUUGUCGUCCUUUGCUGGGGCAUGGCUUUCAGCGGUAUGUUUGCAUGGGUCGGUGGGAUGUUUGCCAGCGCAUUUGGGGAUGAUAAAACAGGGCUCCCUGAUUAUGAGUGGGCGGUCGAAGACAAAGACGAGCCAUGA